GCCCACCAUGCUCUUCUUAUUCUUUCUUCUACUAUUACUCUUCUAUCCAUCAUGUUUCCCGGCAAGAACAACACCGUCGUCAACAACCACCAUAAAUGGCAUCCACAACUCCACCUGGCACGACUUUGAAAAAUUCAUCGAUGCUAGCAAAGGGCCCCACUAUUCUGGCAUGUCUGAGCUCAAGAAAUACAUGCAACGUUUCGGAUACCUUAAAGUAUCCGAAACUACCUUUAGUGACAAAUUUGAUGACAAAUUUGAGCUUUCAGUUACCAGAUACCAGCGGAAACUAGGUCUUCCUGUUACCGGAAAACUUGACUCGGAAACAAUCUCUCAAAUGACAUCACCGAGAUGUGGCGUGCGUGAUGUGCCACCAAAAAUGAAUUUGCAUGCAAUACAACAUUAUAAUUACUUCAAAGACAAGCCAAGAUGGUCACGUGACUUACCAACAACUCUCACGUAUGCUUUUUCCCCAAACUAUAUCAUUUCAAAUUUGAAAAUUUCUGACAUAAAAGCCGUCUUUCGACGUGCUUUUUCACGGUGGUCAGCAGUGAUUCCCGUGAACUUCACGGAAGCUGAAGACUACGGGUUCUCGGACAUCAAGAUAGGAUUUUAUAAUGGUGAUCAUGACGAUGGAGAACCAUUUGAUGGUGUUCUUGGUGUUUUAGCACACGGGUUUUCACCCGAAAGUGGGAAACUCCACCUUGAUGCGGCGGAAACAUGGGCAGUCGAUUUCGAAUCAGAGAAAUCAGGGGUAGCUGUCGAUUUGGAAUCCGUUGCAACUCAUGAAAUCGGUCAUGUUUUAGGACUAGCUCAUAGUUUUGUGAAAGAAUCUGUCAUGUAUCCGAGUUUGAAACCUAGAGAGAAAAAACUGGAUUUGAAGGUUGAUGAUAUUGAAGGAAUUCAACAACUUUAUGGAUCAAACCCAAAUUUUAAUAUCGAAGCUUUGUCUCAGCCUGAUACUUCUUCGAAUCAUGGUGUUGAUUCGAAGAUCCAGCUCAGAUCCUCAUCAAGCUGGAUCAUCGCCCUACUAGCGAUGCUUUUGAUCAAUCAUUAAUUUGUGUAACUCGUGAAAGGCAUGAGUUACAAAAUGAUCGAUUGCAUAAAUACGUACAAUAGCAUAUAUGAAGUAGACGUAUAGCAAGAUUUUGUACAUAAAUUAAAGUUUGACUAAAACAUACUACUAAUUGAAUCUCUCAAAAUCAAUUAAGUUGUAAUGAA